UAAGUCUAGGAGGUAAUGCAUAUGUUAAAGCUAUUGUUUCAGGAACUGCAGAUAAGGCCCACCACUCCCAGGAGAGACAGCCGACUUCCUGGGGUACUGUUAGAGAUUACCGUCUGGGAAACAGGUGGAGGCAUCCAGGCCAUGGAGUUCCAGGAAGAGACAGACAACCACAUGCCCCAUGGGUACAGCUAACUGCCCGGCACGAGAAUGCUGCAGUUUCUUUCACCUAAAUUUUCCCUGCAUUUCAAGAACACUCACCACACCUUCUUUAUUCCCUGUUAUAAAAACACUGGCUUGGAAAGAAAAGGUCCUGUUCACUGGAAUGAACUUUUCCCUAUUGCUGAUGGGGACCAGCAAUCCCCAAUUGAGAUUAAAACCAAGGAAGUGAAGUAUGACUCUUCCCUCCAACCACUUUGUAUCAAGUAUGACGCAAGCUCAGCAAAAAUCAUCAGUAACAGUGGCCAUUCCUUCAACGUUGACUUUGAUGACAUGGAGGACAAAUCAGUUCUGCAUGGGGGCCCACUCACUGGAAAAUAUAGGUUGCGACAAUUUCACCUGCACUGGGGGUCUGCUGAUGACCACGGCUCGGAGCAUGUGGUGGAUGGAGUGAGGUAUGCUGCCGAGCUCCAUGUUGUUCACUGGAAUUCUGACAAAUACCCCAGCUUUGUGGAGGCAGCUCAUGAGCCUGAUGGACUAGCUGUCUUGGGAGUAUUUUUACAGAUUGGUGAAUUUAAUCCCCAACUGCAAAAGAUUAUUGACCUUUUGGAUUCCAUUAAAGAAAAGGGUAAACAAACUCGAUUCACGAAUUUUGACCCAUUAUGUCUGCUUCCUCCAUCCUGGGAUUACUGGACUUACCCUGGGUCUCUUACAGUCCCACCUCUUCUUGAGAGUGUCACGUGGAUCAUUUUAAAAGAACCUAUAAGUAUCAGCUCUCAACAGCUGGCCACAUUCCGCACCCUCCUCUGCACCGAGGAGGGUGAAGCAGCCACCUUCUUGCUGAGCAAUCACCGUCCACCUCAGCCUCUGAAGGGCCGACAAGUGAGGGCCUCAUUCUACUAAAUGGUGCUGCCAGUGGACCACCCCAAACAUGCCUGCAGAGAGAAAACAAAACCAAUUGGGACACAAAAAUUCCUACUGAUGGUUCUUUUCUAGAAUUCUAGUUUACAGGUACCAUUGUGCUGUGAGUUCCAGGAACACCAAGAAAAUCAGAUCCCUUUAAUCAAACCGACUUGACUUGUCCAUCUCAGAUUUGCACUCUUGGGUCUUCAAGCAGGAAACACUUGUGUCACGUGUGUUAAAACCCAUAAAAUAUGUCCUCUUCAACCUGAGGGAAAACAUGCUGGCAAGGCAAAUCUUAGAAUGUAUGAAAUAUUUUCCCUGGUUGUAUAGACCAAAUUGAUUGUGUCUGUCUGAUGUUUGUGAAAAACGUAAAUUCAUUUCCAGAAUGAUAGAAUUGGAACACCUUUUUCUAAAUGAGUGAUUCUGCUUAAUAUCUUGGUAUCACUCCAGUUCAUAAAAAGUUGAUAAUAUUUCCAAUUUUAAAGAGAAUUUGGUUUUGAUUAUGUUGCUGAUUGAUGAUGCCUUUGGCAAAAUGAACAAUAUGAGAGUUGUUGGGAGCGGUGGUGGAAUAUAACCACUUCCUGUGUCUACUACAUGCUCAGCAAUAGCCCACACAGUUUUGGUGAAGAAUUCCUCAGGAUAUAAGUGUCUGUUUAAACUUGAAUGAAUUGUUGCUCAUCACAUUUACUGGUGAUGUUAAUGAUAAACUGGCUGAAGACUGAUGAGACGCAGUGCUGGCCAACUCAGGGCAAGAGGUCCUUAGAAAGGAGCAGCUCACAGACACAGUGCAAGCUGCUGAGACAUAUUGAUGCAUGGCCCACUCUGCCCUGCAUUUUGGCCACAGAGCAUGGCCAUCUCUUGCAGCUCAUUCUUCUGUCAAUGGCUGGGAAAACUUACCUGAGUCUUAGAUAAAUGUAUAAGCCGUCCAUAAACCCAUCCAUUUCUGGGGCAAAACUCAUCUCCCCUUAACCAUGUCCUUUAGUCUUUAAGUAAUUUUGCAAGGUGGCUCUUAAUGUUCACUUUAACCUAUUACUCUGGUAUAUUUGUAUUUGUUUUGGGUGAAGGAGGAUGGGGUGGGGGAUCUCUUUGCUCUUUCUGGUACAAGGAGUAACAUUAUUCAUUAACUUAGUAGCCACACAGAAGACCUGACCACAUGCUGUCAUCUUCUGAGAGAAGUUUAACCAAGUUUCCUUGAUUUUGAUGAUUUGUUUAGGACACCUUUCUUCUUCUGGGUGUAGAUUUUGUCAUUGAAAAUAUUCUGUGAUAGUCUUCCUGACAAGGUAACUGAGUGUCAUUAAAUUGUGUAAUAGUGAUGCAUGUGGUUGCAAAAGACAGGCUUCUGGAGACUGAGGCUGACAGCUUAGUCACUGUGAUUCUUACCCUCCCCACCCCCACACCCCAGUAUCCAGCUUGAGACCUUGCAGAGAAUUCUAAUGAUGUAAUAAAUAUCUAAUGAAUCAACUAUUUUUUUCUAAUUUUAUUUUAUCUUUGGUAAUUCUCUUACUGCUUGGGAUCAAUGCCCUCUAAGUUAAUGUAACAAGUAAAAUGUGAGCUGUCUCUUGAAAAUGGUUUCUUCUUAAAAGAAUACUUACUAAAUCUACUUGUGUAACCAGCCAUUCUAAUGGUUUUAAAAAUACCAAUGGGAAGGCACUUCUUUAGUUUAGAAAGACAUGUUGUGAAGUAUCCUAGUCUGAGAAAGAAGUGUUUUAUACUCAGAGAAGGUAAGUUGUACUUGGAGGGGUGUACCUGUGUGGGGUGGGGAUUCUAAUUACUGGGUGUGAGAGGUACCUCUUUGUAACUUGUGGUUUAUGCUACAGUGUUGGGUUGGUUCCAUGCUACAAAUUGGAUUUUCAUGGACUAAAAAUGUUACCUUGAAGAUUGUUUGCUAAUUUAUUUCUCUCUCAGAGGCAAAAGCUGUCAGGACGUGUUCAAGUUGUUAUCUUCUGAGACUAUUAAAGAGCUGUAAAAGCUAGUAGAGUUCUAUCUUGUUUCCCACAACAUAUACUGGAUGUAUGUUUGUUAGGCAUUUUGUAUUUUAAUUUAAAUUGGAUUCAACCACAAUAAAGAAAAUAAGACAAACUUUGAACUGUAUUAGGGACCUGUAUCUGUAAGACACAAAAUGAGAUUACAUUUUUACACUUUUUAUUUAGAAAAUAAUAUCAAAUUCACAGAAAAAGUGCAAGCAGAGCAAAAAACAUUUUUGUUUUGAAUUAUUUGACAGUAAGUUGCCAACCUGCUGCUACAAACUUGAAUAUCUGUCCUGCGAGCUAGCACAUUUAUCCUACAUGACAUGAAACAGCUGACCGUGAGGUGAACUGGCCUUGUCAUCACCUUCUUCCUUAGAAACUAGGUACCGUUCCUCAGUCUGUCUUUGCUUUUCAGGACCCUACUCUUUUGAAGGUGAUAAGCAAAUUAUUUUUAAGAUUUUAUUUAUUUAUUUUUACAGAGCAGGGAAGGGAGGAAGAAAGAGAGGGAGAGAAACAUUGAUGCAAGCGAGAAGCAUC